GGUGUCAACCAGGCGAGGCACCGUUGUAACCAGUGUUUUACAUUUACGCUACGUUCGCUACGACAUUCCGUCGUGUCCGUAGCUGGUAUCGCACGUAACUCGUUCCCAUUCCGAAGAGGUUACCGUCGAUCCAACUCGACAUCUCGCGCGGACUUCCCGUCAACGCGGCAGCCUCGGUCAACUCGCGCGACUUUCCUUUCCGCGAUGUUUUGACACGCUCACACAACUCUGUCUCCCUCCUCGCUCUUUCUCCCUCUCUCUCUCUCUCUCUCUCUUUCUCUUUCCUUUUUCUGUCACUGUUUCUACUGCUGCAGGAUGCAGCGCGAUUCCGUCCCUUCGUCAACGAAGGUGUGACCGUCCUCAGGACCUGCCUGAGUCCUGUCAACAUCGAGGAGCGGUAUUGAUAGCCGCAGUUUGUUAUGCUGCGCUCAUCGUCCUCCUCUUCUUCUUCCUCGCCGUCGCCGUCGCCGUCGCCGUCGCUGCCGUCAUCGUCGUCGUUGUCGUCGUCGUCGUCUCGUGAUAGCUAUGAUCCUUUCUGUAUGUUCUACACUGCAUAACUGCUCAAGAAAUAAUCUGAUGAGUACGGACGAUGAUGUAUAUGGUGUUACACAACAGUGAAGUGAAUACGCUGUGAUGGGGUGGGUGAUAUCCACCACAACAUGGGUCAUCAUAUGGGGUUGCCUGAUGCGGGGCUUCAGUUUAGCUCCUCAGGCAUCUCCAAAACAAGUACCAUGCGACAAAACGAGAAAGGUGUUCAUGGACACAUGGGGCAUCAUUAGCGAUGGGCCUUUAGGCUCAAAUUAUACUCAAGAUUCUCACUGCGAAUGGCUCAUUAAAGCUAACCACAGCCAUCAAUUCAUUACGUUAAGUUUUCGCACGAUGGGCACAGAGUGCAGUUAUGAUUAUGUCUUCGUUUACGAUGGAGAUUCUUUCCGUUCUCCGCUUCUGGGCAGCUUCAGUGGGAAAACGGAGCCGCAGCAAGUGACAUCAUCAUCUGGUUAUAUGCUGAUAUUGUUGUAUAGCGAUACAAAUUACGUACUGGACGGCUUUCACGCGGAGUUCUCAGUCACGGACUGCCCGAACAAUUGCACCCGCCACGGGAAAUGCAUUAAUAAUACUUGCUUUUGUGAGAACGAUUGGGGAGGUAAAGAUUGCUCCCGAGCACUUUGUCCAAACAAUUGCAGCCACGUUGGUUCUUGCGGGGUGAAAAGGUGCGAGUGCAACGAUGGAUACUCCGGGCAAUCUUGCUCAUUGCAUAGAAGUCAUCCGGAAGGAAAUCGGUGGCACUGGCUUUCACAUUCGGAAGGCGGACUUAGACCACGGGCAGCUCAUACUGCAGUCUACGUUCACGAGACAGACUCGCUCUACGUUUUCGGAGGUUACGAUCUCAAUUAUGUACUCAGUGACUUGGAAGUGUACAGAUUUAACAUAAGUCAAUGGGAAGAUGAAUAUGGAAAUGUGUUAGAGGGUGCUGCAUCUGACGAGUAUCUGGAUCCCAUGUUGAUCGCCACCGAAUUGGAACGCAUCGGAUCUGGGGCUAAAGAAAUAUACGGUCUACCGACGUCGUCCUUGAUCUGGAAGGUGCUUUACAGUAUCAAAGACAAUAACACGUUCGGCCGAUUUGAUCGAACAAACGUGGAAGGUCAACACAGAGAUUUCCGGACCAAAGACAAGGAAAACGAGAGAAGCAGAAGCACCAUUAGGAUCGAUAGGAAUGACGACUCCAGGAGGAAGCAUCCGCGGAUAAGGCCGCGAUAUUUGCCAAUGUCGGCAAGAAGAUAUCGCAGGAACUUAGAAGAUCUAUAUAGGGAACGUCACGCCACGGACGACGUUCAGAAUGACGACGUCAAAUGGGAGGAACAAAUUGUGGCAGGGCCAGCGGAAGAGAACAUCUUCAUGCAGGAGUUUAUGGACCCGAAGUUAACCACGAGCGAGUCGCUGAAGGAGGAAGCUACGGAGUCGACUAUCGAUGAAUUGCCCAAACCGAGUCCCCGAUAUGGUCACGCUGCUUGUAAAUACCAAGAUGGCUUGGUGAUCUACGGAGGAAAAGUGCAGGACGGCUCCUUGUCGAACGAGCUGUGGCAUUAUAAUGUGAACGAGCGCAUGUGGACCCUGCGCGCGAAAAAUUCUCCCUUCUAUCCGCCCAGACUCACGAGGCACACCUUAACAUUAGCGGACGAUUACAUCUAUUUAUUCGGAGGCAGCACUGUUGAUGGCGAAUUCUCCUCAAGUCUCUAUAAAAUCAAAUUGCACUUGUCGGAUCCCACGGCGACCACCGAGAGGUGGACAGAGGUGCGACCACGAGGCGGUAAGGAACUGGACGUGCGCGUGGUUGCUCACUCGACCGUUUAUCAUCGUGCCACUAAUUCCCUGCUCGUGUACGGAGGAGUGGUCGCUAGCGUCGCUCGCUUCAGCAAACUGUCGGACCGGAUGUUUGUGUUUCAACUCGACAGGAAGGUCUGGUCUGAGAUUCAUUAUCCGAGAGCGCACCUGCGAGACACCUACGUGCCGCGCGAACGCGCGUUUCACACAUGUAACAUCAUAGGCAAUUAUCUGGUGGUAUUCGGCGGAUAUUCUCACAGGCAUAACAAAGAGGAGAUCUGUUAUGAUAAUCAGAUGUAUCUAUAUCAUCUCGGUUGUCACGCCUGGGUGAGCCACGAUGUGCUGGGCUUGAACGACAAAGACUCUCGUUAUCCCAAGCAGCAAGGAGUAUUCGCACACGCUGCGGAUGUGCGUAACGGUAAUACCCUCUUACUCGUCGGUGGGUACCACGGCAACGUGAAUGCAGAUCUCCUCGCGUACACUCUACCGCCUAUGCUCGCACCGGGCGACGAAGACUACAUCGAGCCGGAGCAAAUCUGCUCGAGACACAAGAGUCUCAUGGAGUGCGCGGCGAAUCCCGAGUGCGGUUGGUGUUCCGCGGACGAAAUAUGUUACGGUCGCACAAUAGGCAGCAACUGCACGACGAAUCUGCAGACAACGCGUUGUCCGGGUGUCUGUCCUGCUCUGGGCGACUGUCACUCUUGCCUGAUACACGGCCAGCCCGGCGGCGGCUGGGGUACAAACUUCCGCGGCAAGAAGUCCGUGUCGAACAAACUGAAUUUGGGAACUUGUACGUGGUGCGUUCAAAACGCUCGCUGCCACCACAAGGACGACAACUAUGGCGUGUGCGGUCUGCGGGAUGACACACCGUCGCAGAUACCAGGCUGGUGGGGCCCAAAAGGCACGGAGAUCAUCAAAGUGGAGGAAUGUCGGGAGAUGGACAAGAGACCGGGCCUGACAUUCCUCAAAUACAAGCCGCCGGUGAACUUCAGUCAACCCGACUCGGUGACUAUAGUAAACGCGACCACGGUCGAUUUCAACGUGCCGUCCAUGCAGGGUGCGAAGACGGAGUCGGCCUUGGGCGGUGAGAUGAUUGCCAGGUUGACCGGUUUCCUCAGACCGCCGCAGUACUUCUGGGACAGCGCGAUGGAGCACUUGAAGAUCUGCGUCAGUUACAACAGUGCGACGCUUCACGUCUCGCGCAACGAUAACCCCAAUAAACUGGAACUGGUGGCCAAUCUGACCGCGGAGACGUCGCAGUGUAUACCAACAAAAUGGCCGGACGGUCAUCCGAUGGAGUUGCAGCCGGGCCGCUAUCUAUUAGACUUCGAGUCGAAGCGGAUGGUGACCGCGAGCUACGCUUAUGCGAGCAAGAUGGAAAUCACGCACAACAAGAAGACGGAAAACCCGAAGGUAUUCACAUUCGAAUACCUCGAGCCGUAUCAGAAUGGUUCUUGUCACCAAUAUGGCAACUGCCUGCAUUGUCUGACCGACUCGUCAUGCGGUUGGUGCGACAUUACGAACCAAUGCUUGCCGCGCUCGGCUAACGAGAUCGAGAGCUGCGCCGCGGACGUAGAAUGGGAUGAGGCUGGCAAAGCGAUACGCGAAUGGCAUUACUUGACCAUCACACCGUCGGCUUGCGCCAACUGUUCCAACUACAUCUCCUGCGAGUCGUGCGUCGGCAGCAAUUUGUGUGAGUGGUGGACGGAAGACGCGAGGUGCGCACGAAUCGGUCGGUUGCCCAACGCUGUGGUGAGCUUAGAUCAGUGCCCGAUCCCAUGCCGACAACGCUCCAACUGUACUCAGUGUUUGGACGAGCGCGGUAGAUGCGUGUGGUGCGAAGCCACGAGAGAGUGCUUCUCCUUCUCAGUGUACACGUCGGAAUACCAGUUCGGCCUGUGCAGAGAAUGGAUGGAUCAGGCAGGUCUGAUGGGUGUCACGUCGCGUUCCGGCUCGUCGUUAACCGGCAACGAUCAGUGCAAGAGCUGCAGCCGGCACACCAAUUGCUCUAGCUGUCUGCACUCGCUCAGCUGCGGCUGGUGCUACAGCCUGGAGAAUCCCAUCACCGGCGUGUGCGUGCAGGGCGACUUCAAUCAACCCCACGUCAACUGCAGCUUGGUCAUCAAUGAAUACCGGAACAGCAGUCUUAAAGCCGACGAGUCCAGCUGGGCGUAUGCGCAGUGUCCGGACGUGGACGAGUGCGAUCUCGGUCUGCAUGAUUGUCAUCCCGACGCGCUCUGCACCAACACCCACGGCAGCUUCAGUUGCCAAUGCAAGCGCGGUUUCAACGGCGACGGCAAGGAGAACUGCACGAAGACGUGUUACGAGAUAUGCGUCAACGGGUAUUGCAGCGAGGCGCCGGAGUAUAAGUGCGAGUGCAAUCUCGGCUGGACCGGGUCGGAUUGUCGGAACAACUGCGGCUGCUUCAAUCAUUCUACUUGCCUACAAGGAGUAGGCAUCUGCGACGAGUGUCAGGACUGGACGACCGGAGACUUUUGUGAAGAGUGCAAGGCAGGCAGCUACGGCAACGCCACGACACCAUUGGGAUGCCGCGAAUGCAACUGCAACGGACACGGCGACGUUGAACUGGGUGUGUGCGACCGGCAGACCGGCGUAUGCUUCUGCCGCGACAAUACCGAAGGUGACACGUGUCAGCGCUGCAAGCGAGGUUAUUACGGCGACCCACGAAACGGCGGUAUGUGCUAUUACGGCUGCAUGUCACGAGGUAUGCUGGGCGGCGUGGGUAACGGUAAGCAGGGCCUCGGCAGUCGACACUCGCAGUCUUCGCUCUGGGGCAAUCACAUGGGCGACUCACCGACGCGAGAGUGCCUCUGGAUCGUCAGCCCCGAGACCAAUCUCUCCUCGGAUGCGACCACGCCCACUAUUCAAAGUGUGAUACAGUUCACCAUCCACGACGACAUCAAUGUGAGUUGCCAAGAGAACAGCGUGUACGUAUACGACGGCUUACCAGAGUUUGUCUCCUCAUCCGGUGGCCAUCAGAGUCAACUGCUUGGCGUGUAUUGCACAGAAAGCACCGACUAUCCGGUGACGGUGGAAGCCAAGUCAGGGUUCUUGACGGUGCAUUAUAAGCAGCUGGACGAGGUGGAAGGUUUUAACGCGAGCUACGUGGUGAUGACGUGCAACAACUGCCCGGAGAAUCGUGAGUGUCGCAACGGCAAUUGCCUGUGUAAACCUGGGUUCUUCGGCAUCGAGUGCAACGUGGAGAUCUGCCCUGACAACUGCACCGCUGCUAAGAAGCGCGGUGUCUGCGAUAAGGGCUACGGCCGUUGCGUGUGCUCGCCGGGCUACGGUGGUCGUGAUUGUUCCAUUCGGCUGGACGAUCACCAGUUGAUUUUUACGGAGCUCUUCAACUCGGAAUACCUGGCUGAUCAGUGGGACCAUCUAAGGAACACUUUGCCGCGCUUCGGCCACAGUCUGGUGGCUGAUCGUCGCGGCAGUUUGUGGAUGUUCGGCGGCUACUCGCUCAGCCAUGGACCGUUGAACGACAUCAGGUUGUUCGACACGAAGAAUAAUACAUGGAUAUUGAUCACGGUGGACUCUACGUCGUCGGCGAUGUCUAUGCCGCAAGGUCGUUACUUUCACGCCGCCGAGAUCGUGCACAGUAGACAGCAGAUCUAUGUCUACGGCGGCUUGUCGAUGAAGGAUGAAGAAGUGCAGGGUCUGUCGAACAACACCCUCAACGACUUCUGGAAGUUCAGUCUGCAGAACCAGCGGUGGAGUCAGAUCGUGCAAGAUGAGACGAAGAAAGACCCGCUACCUUUAGCCGGUCAUACGUUGACUUUACGCAGGGAUGGAGAGUCGGAAACUCUGAUUUUGAUCGGUGGUUUCAGUCCCAAGUACGGAUACCUGGACACGGUUUGGGAGUUCAACCUGGAAACAGAAACCUGGGACACGGUGAACACCGUGGGAAACGGGCCUCUGGGCGUUUACGGUCACUCCACAGUGUAUCACAGCAAGUCGGACAGCUUCUACGUCUUCGGUGGCUAUACGUACGCUAUAAACAGGACGUUCAUCUCGAACAAGUUGUACGCCUUGGAUUACAAGACACGGACGUGGUCUGUCUUGCCGCCGUUCGAGGAAGAUUUCACCGAUGGCAGCAACCUGCCUCAAGCUAGAUUCCUUCAUUCCGCGGUUACGACGGAGGAGUAUAUGGUGAUAUUCGGCGGCCGACAAAAUCCUCACAAUACCUCGGACUCUUUGAUCGCGUACAAGUACUCGUGUAAUCUGUGGAUACGUUUAAUAACGAAGGACAUGGAAACGAUCGGCAGCCCGCCGCCGCCGGCGUAUGCUCACGCGAUGACUCACGCUGAUCCAGAGUCGAACGCUGUCUACGUCGUCGGAGGCUUCGAUGGUAGUAUCAAGAGUCACGUCACGUUGAUCAACAUACCGGAAGAUCUGUGCAAUCUUUGGACAGAUAAGAUCACAUGCAGAAAAUACUUUGGCUGCUCGUUCUGUGCCGUCACUACUAUCACCGGCACCAACGCUUCCUUCUGCUUCUCAAACGAGGUGUCGAGUAACCGAGACGAUAAGUGCGAUUUAAAUGUCACUCAAGCGCAACGGUCCAACGGAAUUUUCUGUAAUUCGGAUUGGAUGGCCAGCAGAAAGUGUCAGAACUUUAAGACCUGUACGGAAUGCCUGGCAGAGUGGCCGUAUUACAAGGACGACAAGCAGGUGUGCAAAUGGUGCAUCAACUGUUCAUACGGCAAAUGCAUCCCUUCAGACAGGGAUUGCGACGAGCUUAAUAAGUGCAACGUCCGGCAGCUAGCGGUCACUAACGUGAAUCAAUGCGGGGAACGAUUAUGUCCGGCGAGUGACUGCGAAAAGUGCAACAGUCUUGGCGACUGCGUGUGGACGAGACAGGUUCUGAAAACUUCCGAAUUGGGAAUGAAGGUAACAAGUGAGCCGGUCUACAACUGGAAUUGCGUACCGGAUGAUAUCUUCGAGCGAUCCAGCAUCAAGAUGAGCAGCACGCAUUGCGAACGAAGAUGCGCCGAUCACAAGGACUGCAGGAGCUGUCUGAAGGGUACCGGCGCCGAGGGAGGGUGGAGCGAAUGCAGAUGGUCUACACAACUGAAUGAAUGCAUUUCUCCAUCGUACCAGCCACUCUACUGCGCCGGCGGUGUCUGCGGCUUAGUGCUGCGUAGCGCAGACAUGGACCAUUGCCCAGAACCGUGUUCAGUUUUCAUGCAAUGCAGCACUUGCCUGAAGCAUUCGCACUGCGGCUGGUGCUCCUUAGACUCCGCCGAUAUAACUGGUCAAGGAAUAUGCACGGAGGGCUCACUCGAAGCGCCGAUUGAUCAUCCCGCGGAUGGUUCUUGCGAAAUGCUCUAUCAUCAGCAUUUCCCGCAAACUGAACCACCGAUUACCACAACGUUACACCCACAUAUAGACGCUUGGGAGGAAGACAACGUCACAAUGUCUUUGUCUAACGCAGUAGUGAAACCAAAGCUCUCUUGGCACUAUGUACGCUGUCCUCCGGAGAAUGAAUGUAUAAACGGGCAUCAUACGUGCUCGCCGAACAGCGAGAAGUGUUUCGAUCAGGAAGAAGGUUUCGAAUGCAAGUGUGGAGAUGGAUAUAAGACCGAAACUACCUGGGUGAACGAAUUUGGAAGGAACAUUUGUGUGCCCACGUGCACACAGGGUUGCGUGAGAGGCACGUGCGUGGAGCCCAAUGUGUGCCGCUGCGAUUUCGGCUACGUCGGCGCCAACUGCUCCAUCCAGUGUCAGUGCAACGGCCACAGUAACUGCGCCGGUCCCGACAAACUCGACGUCUGCCUGGAAUGUCAUAACAAUACGAUGGGCCCGCAGUGCGAGAAGUGUUUACCUCUGUAUGUCGGCAAUCCUGCAGACAACGGUCAAUGCGUGCCAUGUCUCGAGUACUGCAACGGACACACUCGGAUUUGUAUUAACGACAGCAUGACUGUGCCUGAUCCAAAUUCGGUGGACAAAAUGUCGAUAGAGCUAUUGAAGAAACAACUGGUGGAAGGGCCAGUGGCGAAGGCAAAGUGCGUCAACUGUGGCAAUAACACGAAAGGCGACAAGUGUGGUGAAUGUAUGACUGGCUACUUUCGGGGAACGGAGGAUCUUCGAGAUGUGUGUCGACCUUGCGAGUGCCACGGUCAUGGCUUCACCUGCGAUCCUGUGACCGGCGAGAAGUGCAACUGCGGCAACAACACGGAGAGCGAGUCGUCCUGCGUGAGCGGCCCCAUGAAAGGCACGAAUACCGGCGGCAUGCCGUGCUGGAUGGUUCAGUGCAGCAAGUGCAGAGAGAACUAUGCUGGCACGCCGACCAUGGGCCAUCAAUGUUACAAGACCGUCACGGUGGACAACAAAAUGUGCUUCGACUCGAAAUUGAUAGGUGGAGCAUCUUACGACGAAUGUAAGACGAAGCCGAAGCCUCUGAACCCUGGCCAGACCGUCUUCUACAUGGUGCAACCGCGCUUUAUGAACGUGGACAUUAGAGUCAUGGUGGACGUUACUCAAGGCGCCUUAGAUCUGUUUCUGAGCCCUCGGGACGACUCCUUCGUCGUUACUCUGAAUUCUUCAACUGGUUAUCAAGAUGUCGAGCUAGACAGUAGAUUUAGAUUGCGACCCGAAAAUCGCAAAGCGUGGCUUGAAGAAGAGCACAACAGCAGAAUUCAAGUCGUCGAGUUUCAUCCGCACGGCAGCUUCGGCGUUGCGAACGGCACCACUACGGAACCUAUAUGGAACACCGGGCAGCAGUACUACUUGAUGGAGCGCUACGCGGAGAACCUGGCUACCUACCUGACGAUUGAGAGACGCAACACAUUCUUGGUGAUACGCAACCUGACGAAUCGGUUGGUGCUGACGCUACCGCAGGACAAGCACGAGCUGGGUCAGACCAAGUUUCACAUUGCACUCAGGGCGAUCGACACGCCGAAUCCGGAGUUGAACGGCCGCGCCGCCUACGGGAUGAUCUUCUUCCGGCAAGACCAGCUGCACAUCGACCUGUUCGUUUUCUUUUCGUGCUUCUUCUCCUGCUUCUUCUUGUUCCUGGCGGCGUGCGUGGUCGCGUGGAAGACGAAGCAGGCGGCGGACGUGCGGCGCGCCCGGCGCCGCCACGUCGUGGAGAUGCUGCACAUGGCGAAACGGCCGUUCGCAUCCUCGACGAUACUCUACGACCGAGACGGCGGCGAGUGCAGCCCCAGCUCGCCGCAACGCAAAGGUUGGCGUGGCAAAUAUAUCAACUUCCACAGUGACGUACGCCCGGUUGCCGUCGAGCCCACCGACGACGGCGUAGCGGCGGUCGCCACGGUGUUCAUCAGACUUCCGGGCGGCCGCCAGGCACCCGUCAAACUGGCCCUCGGCAGCUCGCUCAUACUGUUGACCCGAGUUUACCCGGUCAAUAGCAGAGUAUUCCUAAGACGUAGAAACAGCCACGCGUUGAACUGAGUCUGUGUCGUCGCGGUGGAAUCUCGAUCAUGGCGGGUUUCGAGCUCAUCCACACCUCGUCCAUUGGACGUCGCGUUGAACAGGUUUACGACGACGUCGGCGAGGGUCAGCGACGUUUGAUUAUGAAUUAACCCUAGUACGUAGUUACGGUAGAACGUAGACACGCUGGACUUGGCGAUCAGCAGCGUUCCGAUUCAACGGGCAAGCUUCCCUUGAAGACGUAGAGACACUUGUCACGGUGUCGACACUGUGAUGAUGCACAUAAUGGACGAAAUGAACUCGAGAAGAAUAACGUCGUAGACCUUAAAAACGAAACGCAUAUUUCACCGUCAGUGCAAUCAACGCGACUUUCGAACAUCUCUUAUGUCUUUUUACGUAAUUCUGUAUCAUCCCUUUCGGAAAUUGUUUUCUCUCUGUUUUCUCUCUUUGAUGAUCUCAUGUCACACGCGCGUACCAAUUGGCGACACAGGCGUCGAUUCUGCGAGGCGAUGUUGACUUUAUAAAACGCAGCCGUUUCGAGUAGUUAAUCUCUUCAUUCGAACAUUUCGCAGAGUUAUCUUAUGAGGAUCGGAUCCGUCAAUCCGAAGAUCUUUGUGAUUCAAUAUCAACGACGGAAUCGUGACCAGGUCAUGGUAGAGUCAAAGAUACCUAAAAAUAUAUAAAAAUUCACGAAGGAGAUCUUACGGAUCCGAAUAACAUUCCGUAUGCGAGCACAACGAUUCGCGGAUCCGAGGAUCUCGCAUCGUGGAUUUGCGAAUUGAGUAAAUAUUGUUUUUAUUUUUUCUUUUUUUAUUAGAGUUUUAAUGUACAAUAGACGUUAUACGAGAGGAGCGAUCGUGAAAAAUUAUUUAAUCUAAAUAUAUAUAUAUAUAAUAUAUUGUGUCGUACCAUUCCAUGACGAGACUGUACGUUUGUAUAUAUACAAUCUGUAAUUAUGUAUUAAUUCGUACUUUAUACAUUUUUGUAGAAGCAUUUUUGCGAGGCGUGGUUUCGCGUCAUGGAACAUUCGUGGCUAUUCCAGGUGGAAGUGUGAAGCCGAAUAUACGUGUGAUUCGUACCAAUUGAACGAGCAGUAUUAGAAUUGUUGAUUAGAGAAGACGGAGCUUGACGAUGCGUUAACAAGGUUCCUAUGCCAAAAUCGAUUAGGGCGAGCGAAAGGGAUCGUCCCUCUAUGAUUAAUUAUAUAUUAUUUAUCGUAAACGGGUAAACGCGUGGAAGACGGCAAAUGUUCGUAUUCUCGACGAAGGGAUGUGUACAUACACGCGGAAGUCGCGAACUUUUGCGAGUUGCAAACUUCGCAAACUUUUGUAAAACUGGCGUCUGGCUCACGUUAGUCGGUCGGAAGGUACACCUUUACGCUCGACAGACUAAACGCCUCACAGCUCAGCUUCGCACGAGGCGGUUCUUUCUUUUUUUCCUUUUCGGAGUGAAAGAAUACGGCUAUUUAUUAAUCAAAACAGUGUAAUGUGUGAAUGUUGUAAUCAUAUUGACAUCGACGUGCUUAGUAAUCAUUGUAAGAGGUACGAAAAUGGUGUAACGUGGAGACAGUAUUGUUUUGCAUAGGAAGCCACGAGAUAAUUGAGAACAGAGCGGAGUUCUCAAAACUCCUAGGGGAUCUCGAGUAAGAGGAAUGCAUAUUGUUCCCCCCGUUACCUAUUCUCGCGCUCUGUUCACCACUAGAAUAAAACGUAAAACGUUUUCGUGUAGCGGGGAUGAAAGUAUAAGGCCUCUUUAUGUGCGUUUUCUUGUUGUAUAUCAUGUAAACGAGGCGUGUGCAUAUAUUUGCCGUCUGACCAGCUGGAGGAAUAAUGCACGAGUGCUCCUCGACCAGAAAAGAAAAUGCUAUUCGUUGAUUAAUUAUUAAGCAGACACACAUAUACAGACACAAAGACACAUCGACGAUACGACGCGACUAAUCUGUUGAAUCUCAGAGCUUUUUCUUGUCACAUAAGUCUCGUCAUUGCGUGCAAUACAAACGGAACUUUUGUUAUCUCGCAGUCAGAUACUUGCGCAAAUCUUACCUGUUUAUCGCGGUUCCUCUCUAUUUCUAUUUCUCUCUCUCUCUCUCUCUCUUCCUCUCUCUCUCUCUCUCUCUCUCUCUUUCUCUCUCUCUCUCUCUCUCUCUCUCUCUCUCUCUCUCUCUCUUUGCUUCUUUGCAAUAAUGUAUACGAUCUACAGAUCCGAGGAGAAUCACGGGAUUUUCAUUAAAUCGUAAAGGUCCACGAGGCAUUAACAUAAAUGGCGAGAAUCCAUGUCAAAUUCAGAAAUUUCUGUGAAAUUCACAAUGUCACAAAAUUAAGCUCUAUGAAGAUGAGCCAUUCAUGAAUAUACAAAUCUCAAGAAAGAACCCGAGUUUAUGGAUUUCGAGAUUUGUUAAAACAACCUGCUUUAUCUAUAUACGAAGAAAUAUCUGUGAAACUAAAAUAAAAAAUAAAUACCUGCAGCAUGGAGCAUCCGCAUGGAGUUGGAAGUCGAGCUUCCACCAAUCCACCGAUGCUUUGCUUCGUCCUACGCGCAAAAUUUCAUCCGUGGAAUUCCAGUGAUCUAUAGAUCCCAAAUGUGCAAUAAUCCUACUCUCAGUCUCAUCCACGGAUCCUUCGAAGUUACAUGACGAGGCUCAAUGUUCCUCGAAGAGGAAUGUCGUGGAGCUUCGUUCGCGUAGAUGCGUGUAAAUUCUGAGAAGCCGCACCGGGUGGAAGAGACGCAUUGGGAGGCAAAGGAUUAAUACGUAAUAUCGAUAUAUUAUCCGCAUAACGUCGGAUAACGAGGAUCAUGAUCCUUAUUUUCGCACGACCAAUCGCGUUAUCCUAAAAUACUCAUCCGCGUGGUGCCGUGUAUAAACGUAUAAAGUACUAAGUACACAGAAUUGACACAGUACAUGUACAUUUUACAUAGAUUUACGUGCAUAUAGAGAGAUAUAUCAAAUACAUUAUAUUAUAUAUACGCGAGUAUGUAUAAGUAUAAAUACGAGACAGUGAAUGUAUAAUUUCUCGGUUGUACAGAUCUGAGCGUUAUUUCCGAAAUAUUCUAUUUUAUAUAUAAUUAUAUUACAUCGCGUCGUCGAUGGCAGAGAGCGAUAAUCUUCCAAUGCCGGCAUUGUAUCGCAUGAUAAAAGAGAAAAGAAGAAAAGAAAUCGGGCAACAGCAUUGUGCGCAGCAUUGUGAUCGAGGACGUGGCGUUUCGUAACGAGGAAGUAUGUAAAGGUUGUGAAACGAUAAAAAUGAAAUUUAAAAAAAGUAGAAAGAAAUAAAAAAUACGCGGCGUACAUACAUACAUAUAUAUAUAUAUAUAUAUAUAUAUACAUACAUAUAUAUAUAUAUAUAUAUUGUCGGACUUGCGACACGAAGGCAUGGUUUUCCUUUCGAUCUGCGCCGCGCGAAGAAACAUAAGGUUGUGCAAACGAUGAUUAAUGAAUUGUAUUGCGGAAGCUUUAAUAAACGUAUGUAAAAUCGAA